AUGGCGCUCACUGUGGUGGCAGGCGGAGCGCUGCUCUGCGCCCUCAACGUGGUGCUACAGGCGCGCGCCUUCACCCUGCUACCCCAUGACGUCCGCCCCGGACAUGCUGUUCAACAUUUCAUAGGCAAUCACUCGCGGUACACACUGCUCGACCCAGAGUUCACAUCUUAUUUCACUCUUCUUGAUGAUGGACUUCUUAUGACUACAGCAGAUUUAACACCAUUACUCAAUCUGCCUAUAAAUCUGGCUGUAUUAGAGCAGACUCCUUACAGUAGUUCUGCUCAUUCCAUUCACCUUUUGGUUAUGGAUCGCCGACAGAUGCUUCAUUUCUCUACGCCAAAUGGUUUGAUAGGAGAAAUUCCGGAAAAUUCACCACCUGGAACAGUCGUAUAUCUACAACCUAUUAGGGCCAUGGCUGUCCUUGACGUUGGACCACUAGCAUAUAAGAUCAUUAGAGGCAACGAAAAUUCAGUGUUUUCAUUGCGAGAAAAGGGAAAGAGUGUAAAUAACCCUGAAGUUAAGUCAGUUGUCACGGAAGGUGAUGUAGAAAUGAUUGCAAUGAAAACUUUAGAUACCGAAGAAAAGAGUUUCUAUGAGCUAGUAGUUCAAGCCACUGAUAUUCAUGGAGCGAAUAAAGCAAAUUUAAAUAUUCGAAUUGAUGUUACUAACGAAAAUGAUCACGAGCCGAUAUUUGACGAACAAUAUUACUAUUUUGCUGUAAAUGGAACAACUGAUGAAAAUGGACCGAAUGGAACUGCUCAUUGGGAACGGUUCUCUACCAUUGGACAAGUUCAGGCUUAUGAUGCUGAUGGAGAUCGAAUUUAUUAUUCGCUACAAACACCAACUAAUCUGGCUGUAAUAGUGCCUCAAACUGGAGAAUUGAUAUUAGUAGGUGAACCGGAUGGCCAUGAGACCGAGUUGAAAGUUAUUGCACAUGAUACGGGUUCCCCGCCCCUUAAAAGUCAACCUGUACGGGUCUUUCUGGAAUUUGUAAUCCGUGAUCAUAGAACAUUACCAGUCCUUCAUCGCGAAAAGCGUCGUGUAACACGCGCUGUUAGACCAACAAAAAGAAUUGAAUUUACGGAAGCUGACGGCGAAGUGGAAGGACGUGCUGUCUUUACCUUAGAAAAAGAAACUGAUCGUGAGACAUUUAAAAUUCGGGACGAAAAUCCGUGGGUUACUGUUGAACCAAGUGGUGUAGUGAAAGUUAAAAAGAAGUGGGACUAUGAGGAGCUAGGACCGGAGAAGACCAUCGAUUUCUGGGUUACAAUUACCAACGCUGGAAAUGGAGGUAAGUCGAAAUAUUCCAAGAUAUUGAAAAACUUAAUCGUUUUAUUUAGCAAUGCAGUAACUUCAGUAACGGACAUUCGUUAA